UAUUCGCUAUAUGGCUUUCAUGCCAGUCUUGUAGGCGUCGCUGCAGAGAAAUUGUGGCCAGAGGGAAAGUACAGUUUUGUUUAAAUGAUUAUUCAAACUUUUUUGUGAGGGAAUGGACUAAUUUCUGGCGUUUAUUUGAGAGGAAUUUACUCAAGCAAGCGACCCCAUUCCAUCUCAUCAGCAGCUGAUAUUCCGCUUUAAAGCGCACUCGGGUGAACUGGUUUGGAGCCAUCCCAUUGGUAUCAGCAAACGAAAAAAUGCUGACCACUAGGGACAAGUGGAGGGUGUACAAACGGAUGUGUGUCAUGUCCUUACUGGCGGUUGUUGCUCUGACAUUGGUCCAGAGAGGGGGCAUCGGCAUCGGGGCGCCCUUCCAAAUCGAGAGGCAGGCUCGCAUGGAGGCUUCCUCCAAGGAUGGAGAGGACAAGAACCUGCAACAUAAGGCGGUCCUCUUUGCUGGGUCCAACACUUUUUGGAAGACCAGCAAGCACAAACAACCAGAGCCUGUCGCCACGGACACCACAGAGGAGCCCAGCAUGACACAGGAGCAAACCAUCCCCCGGACCUGGGACGUGUCCAGUGUCAACUGCAGUGCCAACAUCAACCUCACCACCCAGGACUGGUUCCUGGGCCUGGAGGCCAACUUCAAGCAAUUCCUGCUGUAUCGCCACUGCCGCUUCUUCCCCAUGCUCAUCAACCAUCCGGAGAAGUGCUCAGGCGAGACUUACCUGUUCAUGGUGAUCAAGUCCAUCAUCACGCAGCACGAUCGCCGCGAGGUGAUCCGCAGGACGUGGGGGAAGGAGCAGGUGGUGGACGGCAAGAAGGUGAGGACGGUCUUUCUGCUGGGGACAUCUAACAACCAAGCUGAGAAGGCCAACCAUCAGAAGCUCCUGGAGUACGAGGACUACAUUUAUGGAGAUGUCCUCCAGUGGGACUUCCAGGACAGCUUCUUCAACCUAACCCUUAAGGAGACACACUUCCUCAAGUGGUUCUCCACCUACUGCGCCGACGUUCACUACAUCUUCAAGGGUGACGACGAUGUCUUUGUCAACGUAGAGAACAUAUUUGAGUACCUGGAGACUGCGGCUCACUCCAAGAACCUCUUUGUUGGCGACGUGCUCUUCAAGGCAAAGCCGAUUCGCAAGAAGGAGAACAAGUACUACAUCCCUCAGGCACUUUACAACAAGACCCACUACCCUCCAUACGCCGGGGGGGGUGGGUUCCUAAUGGAUGCUGGCCUGGCCAGGAGGCUCUACUGGGCCUCGGACUCUCUGGAGCUGUACCCCAUCGACGAUGUAUUCUUGGGCAUGUGUCUGGAGGUGCUGCAGGUCACACCCGUCAAGCACAAUGCCUUCAAGACAUUUGGCCUGGUCAAGAACAAGAACAGCAAGCUCAACCGAGAACCCUGUUUCUUUAGGAGCAUGAUCGUCGUCCACAAGCUGCUGCCACCUGACCUCAUAAACAUGUGGAACCUGGUGAAAAGUGAUCUCAUCUGUUCACAGAAAGUGGAGAUGUUAUAGUCUGUUAGGAACUGGGAACUCUAGCGCGAGAAGAUGGUUUGUACUCUUGAGUGAAAAAUGUUCUUCAGAGUUUUUUUUUGAGCAUAGACAAAGUUCUUUUGAAGAACCCAGAACUUUUAGGGAUCCCCCACAGUUUUAAUUUGAAGGACCCGUAAAAGAUCCUCUGGGGACCUUUUAUGUUUAGAAUGUAAUGGGUCAUUUGGAGUGUGAGGGAGGAGAGGGGGAGGAAGGUGUUCCCUUUAAGUUGACAUCCAAUUCAAAUUCUCCUUUUUCCGGAGAAAGAACAGGACAAUAUAUAAAUUUUGUAUUUAUACCUGCAAUGGAAUUAAAUUAUCUGGAGGUGUUUUACAAUAAAUGUUUGUGGCUUUGGAAAUACAUAUUUUGAUGUCAUUUCGACAUACUCUUUAGGUCAACAGGCAUAUUCAAAGAUGCCACACCAAGGGGGUUGAGGUAUUGGAAGACUUCUGCAGAGAACAGCAACCUGCCCUACAUAGUCACACAUACUUUUGACUCUAUACAGAAUGUAAAACAGCUUUUUCAUUUGGACCAAGCUUUAUCGAUACUGUAGUAACAGGGAGCUCAUAAGAUAGGAACAAACAAUGUCUCUACCUCAAAUAUCUCAUUUUAAAACUCUACUCAUAUGGAUAGUCAUUAAUAAUAUCUUUCUUAACUAUGCAGUGAUUUUUGAAGGCACCAAUAUUUUACAAUGUAAAUAGUAAAUGUUUGGUUUUACAUCUAACCUUGCAGCCCAUUGUAGAGAAAUAUGUCACUUUGGGCGACUGCACUGCAGUGGGUGUGUUUAACUAUGAAAUGAAACUUGAUCUGGACUUCUAAUAGUGUAAAAUGAAACUGACAAAGACGUCCAAAUUAAUUUGUAUGUACUGUAUGCGUCCAUGGAUUCGAAUGUGCUGAUAUACUUGACCUGAAUUGAGUUGAAGGUUUACACUGAAACUGUGAAACAAAUAACUACUGUCGGUACAUGUUUGAUGUGUUUAUUUAACAGCCAUGCAGACCAGAGGGCUGCCAGAAGGUGUUUGAUAUUUAAUUAAUGUGGGGGAAGGUUUAGGAACUAAUGACAGUGUGUAAACACCAUGGUGCCUAAUGUUUAGAGCAAGGUGAUUGUGUGAAUGAUGUACAUAAAUGUAAAAAAUCUAAAUGUAUAUAGGUUUAAAAUCAUAUUUGUGAAUAAAUACU